AUGGAAAUGGAAAGCUGGCAGCAAGAACAGCCUGUAGUAUUGCGAACAUGGACAAUGGAAUCACCUCAUAACUAUGAAAAUAAUUGCCAUGAGGUCUCAGUCUUCCUAUGUCAUGGGGCAACUUAUUUUGAGGUGGAAUUUGAUGAAAGAUGUGAAACUGAAAGGAGAUAUGAUUACCUGGAGUUUACCGAUGCCAGAGGUGCAAAAACUCGUUACGAUACAAAGGUUGGCACUGAGAAGUGGCCUAAGAAAGUGACCUUUAAGGCUGGCCCACGGCUGCAGUUUCUCUUUCACUCUGACAGCAGUAAUAAUGAGUGGGGCUACAAGUUUUCCAUCACUGCUUACGGCCUACCAGAUGUUGCCGUUUCUUGGGGCUUGGAUUUACAGCUUCUUGUAUCCCGGCUGAUGGGGCGCUUGGCUUCCCGAAGUAUGGCACUGAAAAGUCUCCGAGAACUAGGUAGUGAAGCAGACUUGCCUCCUUUGAAAGUAACAUCAGUUCUUAAUUCUCCUCUGUGGAAACCUGUCUUCAGGCAUCAGAUGUGUCCUGAGGUACUCCGGGGAGCCAGUCAAAGCAGUAGACUGCACCAAGAUAAAAGAGAGGCUAGGAGCUCUCACCAAGAUGUCUGCCGUAACUUUCUUAUCGACUUUGCAAAAUCAGAUCCUGCCCAGGACUUCAGUGGGCAAAAAUCUGAACUUUUCAAAGGACUUACACAGGCAUGUAAAAAACAGACCCCAAAGACAGAUAUAGUUGCUGGUUCUACUGUUGAUCAAGCUGUGAACUCAACAUUUGCUGCUUUGGUGUAUCUCACUCCAGAUUUAUAUGAGAAGCUUCAAAAAUAUGUCAACAGUGGAGGAAAGGUGCCUUUGAGUGAUGAGUUUGCACAAGUAUAUUCCCUGGCUGAUUCAAUUAGAAUAUGGAUGUUGGAAAUGAAGCAGAAAUCCCUGAUGGGUAGGGGAAAUGAUACUGAGGAGAAGCAGAACACAGAAGCAAGUGAGGUGAACCCAGAGACUCUUGCAAAACUUUGUAUGCAGAAGAGCCUUUUGUUACUGAAUUUUUUGCCUGUAAGAGCAAAGACGAAAGAUUCUGCUGCAGACAGUUUGGAAGACCAAGAUAUUGAUGAUAGCCAACAGUAUGUCAGUGAUAAAUGCCAAAGAAAAGGUUCUGUUGUGGACACGGACUUCCAGGCAGCACACUCGUCAUCUUCCGAUGGAGUUACUCAUCCUGUUUUGAAAGAAGGGGGCCAAAUGACACAAUCUGAUAUGAAGAUUAAACAAGUUCCAGACCCCCUCCAAACAGAAGAAGCAUCUGCAUUUCAUAGUAAGCCUGUUGAAAAUACAGUUUCACAGCAAGAAGAUGUAUCAUCACCUCCUUCCACUCCCACACGAAAAUCUCAGUUCAGCCGUGGAAGACUAAGGCUGCUGUCUUUCAGAUCAAUGGAAGAGCCAAGAGCUGUGCCUACUGUGAAGGAGAAAUACCCUAUAUUGAAAAACAUACUAGACUUUAUUAAGGAUCAAUCACUUUCACAUGAAAGUGUUUUAAAGGUUCUUGCUUUGAGAAAAUCCCAAGGGCAGAAUAUUAUGGAAGUGCUCAAGACAAUCCGCCAGUGCCUAGACUCACUUGGACAGCCACACUGUUUUCACCCACCGUGUGUACUUUUUCUCUUAGAACUUCUAGCCUGUCAGAAAGAUUUUACAAACUACUUUGGAAACUUGGAAGGCUGUGGUGCUGAGCUACACAAAGAGAUUCGAGAGUCCUACUAUCAGCUUGUUUUGUUCCUGGUAAAUUCUGUGAAAGGGUUUAGUACAAUUAAUGACAGAUCGUUGCUUCCUGCCUUAUCAUGUGUGCAGACAACUCUCCUUCACCUUUUGGAUAUGAGUUGGGAACCAAGCGAUCUUGCCUUCUUUGUUGAGAUUCAGUUACCACAUCUUCUUAUGACUACAUCACAAGAAAACAUAAGUAUUCAUGACAGUGUGAUUUGUCAGUGGAGUGAAGAAGAUGAAAUUGCAGACUAUAAGCAAAACUGUGAGUGGAUGGAUGAAUGUCAAGAUGUAAUGUUUGAGACCUGGUAUGAAAAGAUAGCUCAAGCUGACCCAGAGAAGCAGAGAAAGAUGCACAUGUUUGUUGCUCGUUACUGUGACCUGUUAAAUGUGGACAUAUCCUGUGAUGGCUGUGAUGAAAUUGCACCUUGGCAUCGCUACCGCUGUCUGCAGUGCAAUGACAUGGAUCUGUGUAAAACUUGCUUUCUUGGUGGAGUUAAACCUGAAGGACAUGAGGAUGACCAUGAAAUGGUUAACAUGGAGUAUGCCUGUGAUCACUGUCAAGGAGUUAUCAUAGGUCGGAGAAUGAACUGUAACGUUUGUGAUGACUUUGACCUUUGCUAUGGAUGCUAUUCUGCAAAGAAAUACUCUGACAGUCACUUGCCCACUCACAGCAUCACAGUGUAUCCAAUGGUGACGAUUCGAAUCAGUGACCGACACAGGCUCAUCCAGCCGUAUGUCCACAAUUACUCCUGGCUGUUGUUUGCAGCUUUGACUCUCUACAGUGCAGAUCUGGCAAAUGGGGAGGAAGUAGAAGGAGAGAAACUAGAUUCACAGGUCCUCACUCAUGCCAGAGUUCUGCAGCAUCAGUGCAUACAGCUCAUCGGAGACUGCUUGAUGAAAGCGCAGCACGGAAAAGGGCUGAAAAAUUUAGCUCUCCUCUGCAUGUUACCAGAAGGUGAAUCCUUCUUAGAGAACGACACUGUUUCAGUCAGUCCUCCCACAGAUGGUGCUCCAAAAAGCCAUACUGGUGAUACAGCAGUGAAGGGAAGAGAUAAGAAACCAAGCACAGGCUCUUUUAUGCAUUGUAGU